AUGUCUGCCGCACAACUAUUGAACCCCAAGGCCGAGUCCAGACGGCGGGGUGAAGCUCUGAAGGUCAACAUCAGCGCAGGAGAGGGCCUUCAGGAUGUCCUGAAGUCCAACCUCGGCCCUCUCGGCACCAUCAAAAUGCUUGUCGACGGCUCCGGACAAAUCAAGCUCACAAAGGAUGGCAACGUCCUACUUCGCGAGAUGCAAAUACAGAACCCGACUGCCGUCAUGAUCGCUCGCGCCGCCACCGCGCAAGAUGAUAUCUGCGGUGAUGGCACUACCUCAGUGGUGCUGCUCGUUGGAGAGCUCCUCAAGCAGGCCGACCGAUACAUAUCCGAGGGCUUGCACCCGCGCGUCAUCACUGAUGGUUUCGAGAUCGCCAAGAAUGAGGCUCUCAAGUUCCUCGAAGACUUUAAGCUUCCCAAGGAGGUCGACCGUGAGCUGUGCCUCAACGUCGCCCGCACCUCGCUGGCCACCAAACUCAACCCCACUCUGGCCACCAGGCUGACACCCGCCAUUGUCGAUGCGGUGCUUUCCAUCUACCAGGCUCCCGCUAAGCCUGAUCUGCAUAUGGUUGAGAUCAUGAAGAUGCAGCAUAGGUCAGGAUCCGAUACCCAGCUCAUCAAGGGCCUCGCCCUCGACCACGGUGCCAGGCACCCCGACAUGCCCAAGCGUCUCGAGAAUGCCUUCAUUUUGACUAUGAACGUCAGCUUGGAGUACGAGAAGUCGGAGAUCAACUCGGGCUUCUACUACUCUAGCGCGGACCAGAGGGACAAGCUCGUGGAGAGCGAGCGCCGGUUUGUGGACUCGAAGCUCAAGAAGAUCGUGGAGCUGAAGAAGGAGGUCUGCGGCAAUGACCCAAAGAAGAGCUUCGUUAUUGUCAACCAGAAGGGUAUCGAUCCCCUGUCUCUUGAUGUGCUGGCGAAGAACGGCAUCCUAGCCCUGCGCCGCGCCAAGAGGAGGAACAUGGAGAGGCUCCAGCUUGUUUGCGGUGGUAUUGCUCAGAACAGCGUGGAUGACCUUACCCCCGACGUCCUCGGCUGGGCUGGUCUCGUUUAUGAGCAGCAGCUUGGCGAGGAGAAAUACACCUUCAUCGAGGAGGUGAAGGACCCCAAGUCCGUCACGCUCCUGAUCAAGGGACCCAACGCACACACCAUCACUCAGAUUACGGAUGCCGUUCGCGACGGUCUGCGUAGCGUUUAUAACAUGAUCGUCGACAAGAGCGUGGUUCCCGGCGGUGGCGCUUUCCAGGUUGCGUGCGCCGAGCAUCUCAAGAGUCAUGACUUCCUCAAGACGGUGAAGGGCAAGAGCAAGUUUGGUGUUGAAGCGUUCGCGGACACCCUCCUCAUCAUUCCCAAGACUCUGGCUGCCAACGCUGGCCAUGAUGUCCAGGAUGCUCUUGCGGACAUGCGUGAUCAGUGCAUCAACGGCGAGAUCGUCGGUCUGGAUUUGUCGACUGGUAAGUCGAUGGACCCCGAGCUCGAGGGUAUCUUCGAUUCCUUCCGUGUGCUUCGCAACUGCGUUGCAUCAAGCUCCAGCAUCGCCUCGAACCUUCUGCUUUGCGACGAGCUCCUCAAGGCUAGGCAGAUGGGCAGGCAAGGUGGUCCUGGCCCUGGCAUGGAUGGCCCCGAGCAGUAA